AUGGCACGCGGUCCGACGGCCACCCCGCCGCUGCGGAUGGUACCUGCAGCACAAAUUGAGGCGCUGCAGAGAGAGCUGGCUGCGGUGCGCAAGGCGCAUGCCGAGGAGCUUGCCGCCCGCGAAUCCGCCGAGCUGGUCCAGACAUGCGCCGAGCUACGGGCCGAGCUGCGCGAGGCCAAGGCGACUAUAGCUAAGCUGCGCGCCGACAGGGAGCGGACCAAGUGCACUCAGUGCGAGGUCUUCCAGCACACCAUUGCCAAGCUGCGCGGGUCGGGCCCGGACUCAGAGGAGGCACCUGAGCCGGCGACUCCGCCGCGAAAGGCUGCCCGCGCUUCGGCUCCGACUCCGACCCCGGCCACGCCCACGUCCGAGGCGCUCGCCCGCGCGCGCACGAUGGUCGAGCAGCGCCGGAUCGAGCUCGAGCGACUGCAGGGCGAGCGCGCUAAGCGCAAGGAGGCACUGCGGGUUCGCCGUGAGGCGCUCGAGCGCGAGCGCCGUGCACUGGAGCAGCGGCUGCAGGGCGACGCGCCCAAGCCCGACUCUGCCGAGCCGGCCUCUGAUGCCGGCAAGGAGGACGUCGAUCCCAACACUUCGGUCGAGUCGUACACGCCCGACUUUUCUCCCAUCAAGACGUACAAGCCCACCAACCCGAGCGGAACACCGCUACGGCCGAUCUUGCGUAAGCCGAGCACGUCCAAGCCCGACGCUGACGGUAGUGCCGCAUCCAAGUCGGUCCAAUUUGCCUCCUCACCCCCGCCGUUUGUCAUUGUCCCUCGCAAGCCAUCGCCCGAAGCAUCCGAUUCGGACUCGGAUUCAGACUCGGACUCGGAUUCGGACUCGGACUCGGACUCUAACGACUACACCGACGCCGAUGCUGACGCCGAUGCCAGCCCGCCAUCCGGGGGCAUCAACAUUCUCUUCCCACUCAUGAUGUGAGGACGCGUGCCCGAGGUUACGGUAGGCUGCGCCUUGUCAAAGUGAGCCCCGACCCGCAGCGUCCUGAAGAUCGCCCGCAGGACCGGA